AUGAACGUGAGACCGAAUCCAGGGCCCAACUUUGCCCCCGUGAAGGCCGCACAACCCGGGAGACCAAUAUUCUUUUACACAAGCAAGCCUCACAUAUUCAUCCUUCUGUUCGCUGUUAUCGUGUCAGCUGCUGCGGGACUGUUACAACCCGCGAUGGCCAUUAUCUUCGGGAGAUACUUUCAAGUGUUUUCAGAUUAUGCCUCCGGAAAGAUCGAUGGCCCGGCUCUAAUGGAAAGAAGUUUGAGCAGCAUCUACGCUUUGCUAGGCAUCGGACUUUGUACAUUUUUCCUCAAAGGUGGACUCCUCGCCAGUUGGCUAGUCUUUGGCGAGAUGCAAGCAAAGGGCGUUCGCGAACAACUUUUCCAAGCUCUUCUGGACCGGGAAAUAGAGUGGUAUGACGAGCGAACGAUCGGAGUUGGAACGCUUUUAGCGAGGAUGCAAACGUAUGACACUUCAUGCUGGCGUCCUUCAACCACUGAUCAAAGUAGACAGAUCCGGGAGUUCCAACUAGGAGCUUCGCAGCCUCUUGGUCUCUCGAUACUGGCUCUCGUCCAAGCAUUGUGCUCCCUUGGCCUUGCCUUCCACACCAAUUGGAAGCUGACUCUUGUUGUGCUGUCUGUCGUUCCUGUCAUCGCCCUAGGCGUUGCCCUCCUCUCCCGGCAAACGCAAAUAUAUGUCGAAAUGCACAGCAGAAGAUUAACACAAGCAACCAAAGUGGCGAACAAUAUCAUUACGAAUAUCACGAUGGUCAAGUGUUUUAAUACCCAGGAGCAGGAGGGGCAACAAUACCACUCGGCAGUGAAAGAUGCAACUGUAUCUUCCUGGAAGCAGGCAGUUUUCAGUGCGGCGCAGACGGGGUUCGUUCGAUUCGCCGGCACGACCAUGUUUGUCCAAGGCAUACAGACGACUUUCAUCAUCGGGCGAAGUGGUUCUGGUAAAAGCACCGUUGGUCAGCUACUCCUGAGGUUCUAUGAAGCUCAAAACGGUACCAUAUCGAUUGAUGGCCACGAUCUGCAGGAUAUUGAGACAACCUGGAUCAGAAACAAUAUCACAUUGGUUCAACAGCAGACUAUCUUAUUCACCGAGACGGUCUUUAAGAAUAUUGCUUUAGGACAUCACAACUACAGCCGAGUGACUGCUUCGCGAGUAGGCAGCUGCCUGAAGAUGGCAGACUUACAGAGUACAAUUGAAGCUCUUCCCCAGGGUGUGGAUACCAAGGUCGGUCGCGGCGGCUCAUCCUUGUCGGGUGGUCAGAAGCAGCGCAUUGCUAUUGCGCGUGCUCGGUUAAGAGACACGCCAGUCUUGAUCAUGGACGAAGCAACGAGCGCGCUGGAUUCCACGAGCCGAACUUCCGUCAUGCAAGCGAUUCGCCGCUGGCGACAGAAUAAAACAACCAUCAUAAUCACUCAUGAUUUGACACAGAUUCACUGCGAGGAUAUGGUAUAUGUUCUUGAUGGGGGACGAGUUGUUCUCAAGGGCCGCUGGAGCGAUGUUGGGGAUCUCAGCAAGGAGGUUAGCACCGGAUCAAACGGGCCUCAACAGGGAUUCGAGGCUCACCGCAAUUGUUCCAGCGUAGGAAUGUUGCUAGACCAAUGUCCAAAUGAAGACCAGGCCAACGAGGCACUCGUUUCUUCACCAGAUUGUUCCGUCAGAAAGGCCUCAUUCGACGCUGAAAUGGAGGCUGUGGCGGAAAACAAGCCGGUCACAUCUAAUCGACCUAUCAUGAGUUCAGGUCCAUUGAGUCGACGAUUGAAGAUGGAGCUUUCGGUCAGCGCAGGAGCCGUCUUGAACCACCUGAAGCGGCAGUCCCUCGCACGGGCUAACGCUAUGUAUGUGCUCGGACACAUUCAGCCUCGAGUUGGUCCACUUCGGAACUGGCCUCCUGCUGUACAAAAAGGGCAUAUCAGUAUGCGCGCGGCCACAUUUUUGUCGAGCCCUCGCACACCAGAAUUCAUUAGCAAACCGCUCCCUGUGCCCCCCUUAAUGCUCGAGCUCGGAGACAGAAACGAAUGGUAUCCCGACGCCACCUCCAAGAGGCGUGCAGCAGUAGCUGAAGAAGAGCAUAAAACAUACUCUACCUCCGCAAUAUUGGCGACUGUCUGGCCAGCCCUCAACACGUCUGAUAGAAUCAGACUUAUUUGUGGGUUGAUUGCGACGCUUUGUCAUGCUGGAGCGCCGGCGACCUUUUCAUAUACACUGGUUCAAGUCUUUGGCACCUAUUCUCUGUCAACUGGAUAUCGAGAAAAAGCUUUGGUGUACUCAAUGGCCGUACUGGGGAUUGCCGUCGUUGAUGGGGUUGUAUCUUUUCUCAUGCAGUAUCUAUUGGUUGGCGCAAGUCAAACAUGGGUAGAUGAUCUCAGAAUGGCGGCAAUGAAGGUCAUCCUGCGGCAGCCUAGAGGUUGGUUCGAUGAAGAGAUGAAUAGGCCAGCUGGCCUUGUGUCUUGCUUGGAUGGCAGUGCCGAAGAAAUAAAAGAUCUUGUUGGACGCUUCGCUGCUCAACUAUUGGUGGUGGCCGUGAUGAUGGUGGUGGCGGUGGUAUGGUCCUUCAUCACAUGCUGGAAAAUAACCCUCGUCAGCCUCGCCGCGACACCUCUUUUGUAUCUCCUGACCAGGUGUUUUGAAUCAGUCUCGUCUCAUUGGGAGGCUCGAACAAAUGAGGCAUGCGAGCAGAUCGGUGACAUCUAUGUUGAGACUUUUACUGACAUCAAAACCGUCCGGUCACUCACUCUCGAAUCCUACUUCCACCAGAAGUACAACCGCGCAACCGCGGAGGCCCUGUCUAUUGGAAGGCGACGAGCGAUAAUCAGUGGACUUCUCUUUGGGCUCUCUGACUCGGCCAUCAUCUUCUUCACACCAUUGAUUUUCUGGUACGGGGCCCGUCUUGCGAAAGAUAGGGAGUGGCCGGUCAGCUCCAUCCUGGAGGUCUUCUCUCUCCUUCUGUUCUGUACGGCAAAUGCCUCUGCGGUGGUGGCAUAUAUCCCCGAGAUCAGCACUGCGAAAAAUGCGGCCAACCGACUUCUACGUCUUGUCCGAACACCCGUCAUCUCACAUGAAGAUGUUGGCGAAGUACAACUGAACGAGAAAAACCCAAACACCCUGUUUGGGCCGAUUCACUUCAUCAACUUGACGUUCUCCUACCCUACACGCCCGGAGGUUGCAGUCCUUAGACGUCUGAACCUCACCAUAGCCCCGGGGAAAUGCACGGCCAUUGUAGGUGCAUCAGGAUCGGGAAAAUCUACGAUCGCUUCACUCCUCCUGGGCCUCUACCCUCCAGAGGCGGAUCACAUGGCUCUUUCUUCGCCCACAGAUCCGUCCGGUGGUCCACCAUCAUUGACACUGGCUGGCCGUGAUAUUCGAAGCUUGGACCUCGCAGGACUUCGCUCUUUGAUUGCCAUUGUGCCUCAGGCUCCAAUUCUUCUGCCAACCACUGUCCGUGGGAAUAUCAGCUAUGGUCUGGCACCAGACUCGCCACUGGCCUCAGCAGUUCGUAUCGAGUCUGCCGCGCAGUUAGCUGGAAUCCACGAGUUCAUCCAGUCUCUUCCUCAAGGCUAUGCCACAAUCAUAGGAGAUGGAGGAUUAGGAGUGUCCGGUGGACAGGCACAACGCAUUGUGAUUGCGCGUGCUCUGGUUCGAAGGCCCCGAAUUCUUAUUCUGGACGAAGCAACAAGCGCACUCGACAGCGAGAGCGCGGCUAUCAUUAGAUCCAGCGUCAAGAAAUUGCUGCACCAGAAGGAGCAGAGAUUGACGGUGGUGGUGGUGACCCACGCAAAGGAGAUGAUGGCGUUUGCUGAUCAUGUGGUGGUGCUGGGGCAGGGUAUCGUUGUCGAGCAAGGUUCGUUCCCGGAGCUUUUGAGCAGGAGAGCGGCGCUGUGGGAAAUGCUGAGGCUGGAGAGAGGCUGUGAGCAAGGCCAUGGUUGA